AUGGGGAGUUAUGAGAAGACGAGUUUCAGGUUUGAGAUAGAUAACUUCUGGAAGAAGAAAUCUGCGGUGACAUCUCGUAUAUUCGUAAGCGGCGGAUGCAAUUGGUAUGUUGAAGUUUGUCACAAGGGAUACGGAAUUGAAGAUUACUUGUCUGUGUACCUCAACGUUCCGGAUACUAAAUCAUUGAGACCUGGAUGGAAAAGGAGGGCUAAGUAUCGUUUCAUUGUGCUGAAUCAAUCGGGCAAAGAGCUCAAAGGAGCAUCUGAAACAUGCAGCUUGUUCUGCGGUCAGUUCCCAGGAUGGGGUUAUUCCAAAUUGUUGCCUCUUAACAAGCUGAAAGAAGAAGGGUUUCUUGAGAAGAACAAACUGAUAAUUAAAGUCGAAGUAGAAGUUGUUGAACUUGUUCAUGAAGCAGAGGUAACAGGGACGGAAAUGUUAUACAUCAAAGGUUUCAACGUUCGUUAUACUCAGGCUAAUUCAGUGUUAAACAUUUUCGCGGAGCACCCGGAUAUUGCAGUAGAUUUCAAACCAAAGAACCAAGUGGUGAAGACAGAAUACAUGAAUGUCCUCCUCAGCCUCAUUAAGACACUUAACAAGCCUGCAAAGGUCCUUUCAGAGACUAAACUAAGCGAUGCUCGUAGCGAGUUUAGAGAGCUAACGGAAGCAGGGUUCAAGCUAGAUUGGUUACAAAAAAAGUUUGAGGAGGUUUCCUUGGAGAUGAAGAAAGUAGUUUCUCAUGACGCUAGGGUUCAAGAGCUGGAGGAACGCAUCACAAAACUCAAACUUGAGCUGGACAACGAGAAGAUCAAGUCUUCUAAAGUGUUAUCUUUGGAGCAGACAGUGUCAAAACUCAAAGUUGAACUGGACAAUGAGAAGGCCAAGUCUUUCAAAGUAUUGUCUUUGGAGCAGAGAGUGUCAAAACUCAAAGUUGAAUUGGACAACGAGAAGGCCAAGUCUUCUAAAGUAUUGUCUUUAGAGGAGGCAGUGUCAAAACUCAAAGUUGAAUUGUACAACGAGAAGGCCAAGUCUUCUAAAGUAUUGUCGUUGAAGUCGUCAGAUCUCGAAGUUGAACUGGACAAGGAGAGAUCAGCCAAAUCUGGUACAUCUAAAACUGUGUCGUUGAUCGAUGAUGUUUGCUUUUGGAGGCAUAUGGGGAUUCGGGAGAGGAUGGCCGGUUACCGAAAACUAAAAUGA